UAGAGACAGAUAGCAAUCACGUGAUCGACAGAUUUCGCUACUUAGCACGAGCUAUUUUUCCGGAUUUCUGAACGCCGUCAGAUAAUUGUCUUCGUUUACACAUUAUUGUCUAUCGAAACAAAAUGGCCGACGGGGCAGACGAUUCAGGGUCGAAACAAAAAUCACGAAUAAAGGGCAAGUUUGUAAGUCGUAUAAAAUCAUGGCGGUCAUCUAGAUUAAAACAUAUGAACAAGCAAAGGGAUGUAGGUGAAAUAGAGAACGAUCAUGACUAUUUCUAUGACAAAAAUGCCGCCUGUCCACCGGCUCCGCCGCCGGACGAUGUGCCUGACGUUGCUUUGCAUUUGGAUGUCGCGGACCAGGAUUCAGAAGAUGUCCAAUGGUAUGAUGGAAGAAGAAUUGUGGAAAUUAAACAUUUAGCCGAUCAACUGUAUUGUUGUAAAUGCCGGUCACAUUUACACCUCUCUGACAUAGUGAAUGAAACAAGAUACGGACUCGGCAGCGUGUUUAACAUUAUCUGCAAGAAUGACUUGUGUUGCCAUACGAAUCAGGUGUCAACUGGGAAAAGGAACAGCAAAGGUGCUUUUGACAUCAACACCAAAGUAGCUAUCGGCAUGAUUCAUUCUGGAAUGGGUCCAUCUCAUGUUGUUAGCUUUUUAAGUGCAUGCAACAUCCCACCAAUCGACCCAAGUACAAUCAAGAAGAAAGAAAAAGAAAUUUAUCCAUCUUUUAAAAGGCAGGCAUCAGAGUCAUGCAAUAAUGCAUUAGCUGAGGAGUGUGAAGCCAUUGAGCCAAACGAGCUUGAGUGCAGUUUUGAUGCAGGGUGGCAGACUAGGGGGUCUGGGUGGCAGUAUAGUAGUAACUCAGGACAUGCUAGUCUUGUUGGAGUACAAACUGGAAAAAUCCUUGACUUUGAUGUGAGGAAUAAGAAGUGCAGCACCUGUCAAUAUUACUCAGGAAGGAAUGAAACUGUCCCUAACCACAAAUGUAACUCAAACUGGAGAGGAUCCAGCAAGGCCAUGGAACCAGACAUGGCCUCAGCCAUGUUGAGGAAUCUUCGGACCCAUGGUUAUGAGGUAAACGCACUUCAUGGAGACAGUGACUCGACAACAAUGGCUAGAUUAAAACCAGAAUUUAAGGAAUUAAAGAAGAGAAAUGACAAGAAUCACUUUAAGAAAAACCUCUCAAAGGAAUUCUACAAACUUUCUCAGACUCAUAAAGAACUGAAGACAGCGGGAGUUAUUCCAUAUUUGACUCGUUGCUAUAUGUACCCUAUCUCCAGUAAGUGUGCUACAGCAGAGGAACUUGCCAAUAAGUUGGAAGUUAUUGUGCCCCAUCUGUAUGGAGACCAUAGUCACUGCCAUUCAGCAAAAUGGUGUACAUAUCACAAAUCACCAUCAACUUACAGGUACAAGCACCUACCUCAAGGCAAACCACUUCACAAUGAAGCUUUAAGAAAUGAGUUGAAUGAGACAACUAACAGGUUGCAGAAAAGGGCAUCAGAGCUGAUAUGCAUGGGCUCAACUCAAGCAAACGAAAACUUCAAUAAUAUUGUUGCGAGUAAAGCACCUAAGAAUAGGUCUUAUGGAAACACAUGCUCUUUGGCCAAUCGAGUAUCAGCUGCAGUUUUACAAAAGAAUAUUGGAUUUACAUAUGUCAGUAAGAUCAAUGAAGAUGCAAUGCUAUCACCAGGAAAAGUAACAAAGAAAAGGGGAAUGGUAAUGGACAAAAGAAAGCUGUGGCAUAAAAUACAGAACUCAAGAAUAACUCAAAAAUGCAGACGCCUGCUGUUAAAGAAAAAGAAUUUCCAACAGGAGACAGUGAAGACUGUAAAGGAGGGACAGACGUAUCAGUCCAAUGCAAGUGCUACAACGUCUCCUGACAUUGAAUCGAUUCCAUCCAUUGCAACUCUCUCCAAGGAGACAACAUUCAUUGCUUUUGACAUUGAAGCAACAGGGUUGUCAAGGUCCUCUGAUAUUACACAGCUCUCUGCAAAUGAUGGCAAGGAUUCCUGUAAUGUUUACAUUGAUCCGCGUCAGCCAAUAAGCCAAAAAGCAACUGAUAUCACAGGGCUGUCCUACUGUUUCCAAAAGAAUCAAAUGUAUCGAUAUGGAAAAGAAAUAGACAGUGUUCACAUCCAUCAAGCCUUGCUUAAUUUUUUAGAUUUCCUUAAAUCAAAGAGUUCCCCUGUCCUCAUAGGACACAAUAUUGGAUCGUAUGAUGUUCCAAUUUUGUCCAGAUUACUGGAAGAGUUUGGACUUUUGGCUGCAUUUCUACAGUUAAUCAGUGGAUGCAUAGACACUUUAAAACUAGCAAGGAAAGUCUUCUCCAAAAGUGAAAUUCCAAACUACAAACAGUCCACUCUGGUUAAAGCAUUUCUUGGAAAGGACUAUGAUGCACAUAAUGCCUUAGAAGAUGUGAAGAGUUUGUACCAGUUGUUUGAAGAAAAACUGCACAGUCAUUGCAGAAAUGUGGACAUAUUUCCCUUUCAUUUGGCAAAAUUGGAAGCCAGCUAUGCAUCACUGGUUUUGGAAAAGAAAAUUUCAAAGGCUGUAGCAAGACGGCUUGCAAACUCUGGACUUGGGUUAAACCAUUUACAUCUUUCAUUCAAGAGAGAUCGAAAUGCUGGUGUUAAAAGCAUUCUUCAGGAGCGUGGUUUUAAAGGGAAGACUGUACGUUGUUUCCAAACUUUCUUUGAGGACACACAUUCAGAAGAAUAAGAUUGUUUAAUUGUAAUUGAUUAUAAGAUUAUAGAAUAAUUGUAAUUGAUUAUAAGAUUAUAGAAUAUGUGUAUAAUCUAUGCACACUCAGACUUUAAUUCUAAUGUAGAAAACAAAUGUUAAUUUCCAAUAUUUGAUGAAUCAUGAAGUACUUGUUUUGAAAAUUGUUGAUGAUCUUUUGUUGACAUGAAUUUUUUUAAUGAUUCAAAUUCAUAUUACAACUAUAUGUUUAUAAAUUAUAAGAUUACUAGUAAUUUAAAUUACAUGUUAAAGUCUUAUUUUAUAAGAUUAGUCAAUUUUAAUCUAUUUUGACAUUUCCUUCAUUUUUUAGGUGACAAACAGUGUAGUUAUCUGAAUAUGUGUAAAGAUUAUUAUCUUGAAGUUUUUAAGUGCAGAAAGGUCAAUAAUCCAAUUUUUUGGUUGGAUGAGAAUUAUUUGUUUUACUAACAGCAAAUAUUGUAUUUUAAAUGACUUAUUACACAGAAUUUACACAUAUUUGUUACAAAUUUUCCAAUCAAUUCUUUGUAUUUAUGAUUGAUAACAGUAAUUCUUCAAUAAUGCACCUAAUGUUGAACAGGGUAAGGGUUCAUAAAAGUAAUGACAGCAUUAGAUUGAACCCCAUUUGGGGGUAUUCUUUUUUCAUGAAAUUUAAAAUAUCUAUUGACUAACUAUAUUGUGGAGUGAAAUGAGAAAUUUGAUGGAUAUUUUUUUUCUCAGUCAAAUGAAAAGCAUGACUUUAUGUGUAUUGCAGAUCUGAUAUUUCAUGCAAAUUUGACCAUAUGGCUUUGGUAAGGUGUUUCCAAUUUAUCAUACAUAUCUUACCAAAUAUAAAAAUGAUAUCAAAUUUUAACUUGUGUUGAAUGAUUUUUGAAAAUAUAUAUGACAAAUGCUCUUAUGUGUUCCAAUAAAUGUUUUAUGGCCAUUCUUAUAUGGUCGUAUACACUUAUUUUA